AUGUCGUUUAUACAGAGAUUUACUGACUCUGUGAGUCAAUUUAUCGAGCAACAUCCCACCUCAAUCCAGCUGACAUUGACAGCAGUCGCUGCUUCAGCAUUGACAGCAUCCAGCAUCCUCACAUUUCAAGCAAAUCAACGCAAAAGCAGAGCCAGAACACUCAAAGAUGAGCUCAAAGAAGCAGAACUUCGAAGCACCAUUGACUUGACACCUGUAGGCACUGUCAACAAGUUGGGGCAGCCUCAUAUCUUGCCACCUCCAACUAUCUUUGAUGAUCGAUUGAUUGAAGAGCAAUUGAGUAAGAACACAGCCUUCUUGGGUCAAAAGGGUGCCGAUAAAGUGAGGGAUGCCUUCGUCAUUGUGGUGGGCGCUGGUGGUGUAGGCUCUUGGGCAGCUCUUAUGCUGAUGCGUUCUGGUGUCAAGCGUAUUCGUAUCAUCGAUUUCGAUCAAGUGACAUUGAGCAGUUUGAAUCGACACGCUGUAGCUACCUUGGAAGAUGUUGGCACCCCUAAAGUAAGAUGUAUCAAGACACAUUUCAAGCAGAUUGCACCUUUUGUCCAAGUGGAAGAUUGCAUUGAUUUGCUAAAUGCGGAUAACGUGGAUGAUUUAUUGAGUGGCAAUCCGGACUAUGUCAUUGACGCCAUUGACAACAUCAACACCAAGAUUGAUUUGAUCAAGUAUUGCCAUGACAAAAAGCUGCCUGUGAUCAGUUCUAUGGGUGCUGGUGCAAAAGCUGAUCCUUCUCGUAUUCAAAUCGCAGACAUUAGCGAGACAUUUGAGGAUCCUUUGGCUCGUUCGGUCAGACAAAGGCUCAAGAAAUUAGGUAUUCUCAAUGGUGUUCCUGUCGCUUAUUCCACCGAAAAACCACAUCAUGUCAAAUUAUUACCAUUAGAGGAGGAAAAGAUUGAAGAUAGAGAUGAGUUUUCCGCACUGCCCGAUUUCAGAGCUCGUAUCUUACCUGUGCUUGGUACAAUCCCCAGCAUGUUUGGUAUGGCUAUCGCAACAUAUAUCAUUUUGAAACUAGCAGACUACCCCGACUUUGAUCCACUUUCUGUCAAAUUGAGAGAUGGUUUAUAUGGAAGAGUGCACAAGGAGUUAUUGAACAGAGAAGUCAAGACAUUCAAAGAAAAAGUUUGUGCCUUGGAUGUGCAAGAUGUUGCAUACAUUUUUGAAGAAAUGUGGCAUGGAAAAUCCGUAGUUUCUGGCCCCAACGAUAAGUUGGCAUUGACACGCUGGGACAAAUCGAAGCCUCUGAGUUAUUUCAAUACGGUGUGUUUGACAAGACAGGAAGCCAAUGAGCAUGACGCUCUACCAGAGAACGUUGAUUUAGAGCAACACUAUGGUAAAGACAUUUAUGACAAAGUGGCGAGUCAGUUUGAACGCGAGAAAUCCAUUCAGAAAGCCUGGAAUCAUGUACUAUAA